AUGACCCACUCCGCAUGCGCUCGGUGUCGGCAAUUUUUUCCCUCCUGCUUGGGCUGUGCGGCGCGUCAUGUCGCCGUCUCCUCCGCGCUUCUCUUGGCGCUGUGCGUAUCCGGGUGUCUGCUGUGGUGUGUCGACUUCCCGCCUUCGUGGCGCUCCUUCUCGUUUCAGCCGACUCCGCCUCGGGCGGAGUCGGCUGCCUCCACCUCCACAGGCGAGACGGUCGGCGCGGCUCACGGUGGCAGCCGCGGUUGCCGCUCCGCCCUCUGUCUCUCAGGGGCGCGGCCUGGAAGAGAGAGUGAGGGUCGGUGGAUGCUUCGAGACGACGCGUUGCCUGCGCAGUACACGGAGCUCGCUCCCUACGGCGCAGGCCUCUCCCUCGGCUCUCUGUCUCACCGGCUCGCCACCACCAUCCGCCGGCCGGCGGCCUCGCUCCGCGAGCGGCUUCUAGGGCCUCUCUACGGAGGCGGCCGAUUCCUCACGCUGCUCUCCGAAGACCUCGCCUCGGCGCCCGCCGCGCUAGGCCGCCCCGGGAGAGACGUGUCGCCCGUUGAACGCCUUGAGGAAAUCAUGUUGGUCUUGAAGCAAACCGCGAAAACUGCGAAAGAAGCCGAGGCCUUCGCCUCCCCUCUGCCGUCCGGCUCGCCAGUCUCCCCUGCAUCGCCUGCCGCGCCGCCGCGGCCACCGCCCCCUGCAAGGCCUCCUCCGCCUGUUUUCGCCCUGCCGGCGAUCCCGCCUGGGCCUGCGUCAGUAGCCACGCCCUUGGAGGCGGCGGCACUGCAUGCGGAGCCUCUGCCGGGGGUCGACUUCCCAGCCUCGCGCGCGUUCAUGCUCUUCGUGCCGCAGACGUAUGACUUGGGCGGCGAGGCGCGCGAGCAGGUUGAGCAGGCAUUCGGGUUCGUGGAGUCCUGGCGUUACGUGUUUGGCGUGCCGGAGGACCCUGCCCGCGAGCCGCUCGUCGCGACCAGCAAGCUGCCUGGCUUCACCGCGCUCGCCGAGACGCACUUUGUUCACAGCGGCAUCGCAGUCGCGGGAAGGCGCCACCAGGUCUGGCAGCCUUCGCUGCUUCGCUUCCGGCAGCGACUGGCCGAGACGCGGCGCAGGCGGGCGCGCGAAGCCACGCCCCGAGGCGAGCCUGCCCCGGAGGGAGACGCGCCGCGCCCACGCAGGCUGCGACAGAUGAAAAACCCUCUGGAGAGACUGCACACGAAAGAGCAUCGCGUCGUGGAGAGUCCAGUGGUGAACGAUCUGCUGUUUGUGACCGAGAGCACGACGACGGCCGCCAACGUCCCAUGGAUCUGCGACGAACUCGCCUCCUUCGGCUCACUCGAAAACUUUCGUCGAGACCUCAUCGCGCGCCUCCAGCUCGCGCUCGCGAGGAGGCCACGCGCGAGCCAGCGCGAGGUCCGCGAAAGAACGAAGCGGCGGCCUUUAUUCUUCGAGAGCGACGACGACUCUCAGAGCAGGGAGACAGCCUGGGCGAAAGUCGAGCACGCCUGGGAAGACGAGGACCCGCAGACCCGCCAGGGGUCUGCGGACGGACCGCGUGCUCGGGGCCCCGCCACGCCCGAAGCCCGCGGAGACGCGAGGAGACAAGGGCGCGGCUCGCCGAGCGACGCGAGACCCCCAAACACUGCGCCUUUUUCGGCGCCUCCUUUGGGUCCGCGUGAGGCGGGGUCGGUCAGCCGUUGCAUAGUGGUGCGGCUGACAAUCGAGGCGACUCAGCGGAGUGAGUUGUGGGCGAUUCACCCCGCCAUGCACUCGGUGAGUGCGCUCACGCACCCGCUGCUCGAGUGGAUUCUGCUUCAGUACGACCUCGCGAUGCGCAGCGACAACGAUACCUUCCUCACGCCUGCGCUGCUGCGGCGCGAAAACACGCCGUGGCUUGCGUACGUCGCGACGCCGCCCGCGGGGACCGACGCUGGAGGGGUGGAGCAGUUUGAGAGCGGAAGCGAAGACGCGAACGCGGCGCGUGGAGCCGAUGUGGGGGGACUGCGAACGCGGCGAGUCGACCCGACGAACGAGGCGGCAUCGGUGGCGACGGGCGAAGUCAAGUUCGCGUUUUUCACCGGCGAAGGCGGCUACACGGUGUCGCAGAAUCGCCGGAUGCUGCCCAGAUACGCCGCGAUUCUGGGGCUCCGGUACCAGGGCCUCACAAACGUCGGGAGCACCUGGUACGCGAGGCCUGCUGACAUGGUUCAGGCUGCGCGUCUUACAGUCAAGAUUGGAGAGUUCCUUCUCAAAGUAGAUCCGGUCUUUCGUCGCUCGGUAGGUAUUUGGCCGGACUGGUAUCGAGGCGUCCUGCUGCUCUACUCUGCGGCUCUGGCGCUGAAUCACCUCAUCGACCGCGAAGCUCUUUUCAUUCGCGGCGACCUCCUCGACACUCUCUCGACCGCGGACGUCGACUGGCGCACCGCGCCCGCGCUGCACAUCCACUGUUGGCACACGUCGGAUUUUUUUAGCAAGUUCGCGUUCUCCGCCGGAAAGUACCCCCUCAGCAUGUUCGACGCCCUCGAGUUCGACUACUUCGAUGUGCGCUGGUUUGCCUUCGCGAACGCGUCCAACGGCCGCCUGCGCAGAGACCUGCAGGCGCGGAGCUUGCAGGCCCUGAAGGAGUUUGGCGCGUGGGAAGCGACUCCGGCGCCGUCCGCAGAGGAGAGCGCGGCGGGCGAGGACGAGGGCGAGCUGUCGCAUCCGUCUGUCGCUUCGCGUGGGUCGCUGCAUGCGUCGUUCUCGCCGUCGCCAGCGGCAGUCGUCGCUGCGCCGCUCUCCCCCGUGUUGGCUUCGUUUCUUGCGUAUCCGCUGCAAUCGUGCCCUUUCGAGACGCCGUUUCCGGUGAUAGAGGUCGGCGAAGAGACGGGCGAGCGGUGCUGCCCUACGCGGUGUGUCUCCCCGCCGGAAGCCGCAGCGCGGGACGACGAAGGCGACGAAGACGACGACUGCUGCCGCCGCGAGGAGGCACAAGUUCGGUGCGCUGCACCGCCGUGCGCCCAUCCCACGGAGCUCCUGAUGCUCGGCGAGCGCCUUUUGGCGCCUGCUGGAGGUCCGGACAGGCCUCUGCCGAUGGAGCCUGGGGCGUCCCCUCACGAGGGUGUCGCGGAGGCGAGGGGGGACACCGCGGGGGACUCGCAAGGGCCUUCGGAAGGCGCUGGCGAGCAUAGGGGAGAGCCUCGCGAACCUGCGGCGGCGACCUGUUCCACGUUUUUUCCUUUCCCGUUCGACGGCGGAAGGCAGUGCUGCGCGACGCUCAAGGACUGCGCCGGUCUGCCUCUACGGGAGAAUUCGGCAUGCUGCUGGCGUGGCAACUUCACCCCGUGCUCAACGGAGAACGGCGUCCCCUGCGCGCCGCACUUCCUCGUUCAGCCGCUCUACGCCAGCGUCGCGUCUCCCGGGGGUGGAUCUAGAAGCGCCACUAGUGCGUCCAUGCCCGACUCGCUCGACGCUUUCUCGCCUUUCUUCGAGUCGUCUUCGCUUUCACUCGCAGGCGGCGCGUUCUACGCCGCGCACGAAACAGGAUCGAGUGUCGACGCCCUGCGUGGAUUUCGGCAGCUGCUGCGUGCUGAGGCGUUUGUGUAG